AUGGCUUAAUUACAGCAAAUAUAUCCACGUUUAUGAGAAACGGCUAAUAACGACACGCCGCCGAGGGUUCGGUGUUUGAAUCUACCUGUCGUUAGCUCGGUGGCUAACUGCUAGCUGGGGUGACAUCACGGACCGAGCCGACCGCGGCCUGGUUCCGCUGCUAGCUCGGUGAUUGACAGCCUGUCAACUAGCAGCGAGGCUUGUUUUGCUGCGGACAACUGUCGGUUUAUGAGUCCCGAAGGUGAGCAGCCAGUCAACCAUCCAAACACGUGCAGCUUCCUGUUGCUAUGGAUGCCUGCGCUCGCAUCAGAGGAGUCCCGAUAAGGUCCAGGGCCUCCGUCCGGAAAGAGACUGUGCGUGACAGCGGAGCUCAGUCGGUGAAGAGCCUCUUUCGGAGUAAAAAGGAGCUAUGCAGCGUCGGUUUAGAGCUGCCGACCAGAGACGCCACAAGACUGACAGAGAUUCAUUUUGUGUGUCUGCCUGCUCAGUGUGAAGGAGAAGAUGCCACACAGCAGGCUCUGUCCUCUCUACCAGCCGGCCUCUCUGAGCUCCUCAGGUCGCUCCACGUUCACGCCCUCAAGAACGACGAGGUUCUGCUGCUCAAAGACUCCCGCCGGCUGACGGAGCACAAGGACGCCGGGCCUCAGUGUUGGUUGAAGGCUGUAUGUGUGCUGAGGCAUAAUCCCAACGCCGGCGUCUACCCUCAGGCCAGCGUGGCGUCUUUGGUGGGCCUGCUGGGCUGCUACAUGGCCGGAGUCCGCUACGCUCUGGAGCUCCACGCUCUUCAGAGGGCAACCGUCGAGCCCAGCCAGCCGGAGGAGGACGACACCAACCAGUCGGUGUCGUCGAUCGAGGACGACUUUGUCACGGCGCUAGAGCAUCUGGAGGAGGAGGACACCGGAGACAGUCCCUCUGCAGCUCCAUACUGCCAUUUUAAAAAGCGUGAUGUGGCAUCACAGACAGUCCCAGCCCACAAGAGAAGGAAGGAACUAUCAGGCUCCCGCGUUAUUAUCAGCUCCUCCUCGAAGAAAAGUUCAGGCAAACACAAGUCAGGUCCAGAUGUGUCAGUCACAGUGCAGAGGUCAUCAGGGGUGGAGUCUCAGUGGACUUACUGCAGUCCUGGAGCUCGUCUCCCCUCACCGCUGAUUCAUGUCAGUGAAUCAGAGGAGUCAGACUGUUCCAGCCCUAGCCCCAUCAUUUUCCUGGAUGAAGUGGGCUACCAGAAGAGCCUGCUGGCCAAACUGGACAUCCCACAGGUGCCAGGCGGGCCUAGAGAGCGAGUUGAAGACUCAGACUCUGAAGUCAGCGAGUUCUUUGACAGUUUUGACCAGUUUGAUGACCUGGAGGAGCUGAGCUCAGAGAGCUGCACUCUUACACUGCCUCUGGACGCCAUCAGUGCCCCGACUGUACACAAAAAGUCUGUCGAGUCUGGAACCAACGGGGCAGCAUCCAAAUAUGUUUCUAGAGGCUGCUCAACCAAGGGAAUGAACCCUCACCGCUUCGACCAGCCCACUCUCCCUGCCAAUGUGAAAAAACCCACUCCUCUGAAACCUGGCUCUCCUUACUCACUUCAUUCGGACGUGCCUGACUCCCCUCGACCGGUACAGACCCCCUCUGAUGAGAACGGCGGUCCACUCUUCAGUCCUGUCAGCUCCUCAGCGUUUAGUCCUUUGGUGGACUCUAACGGACCUCUAGAAUACUUCUGGAAGACAGAAGAAGAUGGUCGGGACAGCUCUGAGCUCCGUAAACCACAGGAUCUCUGCUCUCUGUAUAAGACCUACUCAGACUUUGCCAGCAGUCUGUCCAGAGAAAUUCUGGGAUCUGUCUGUGGAUAUCAGUCCGCCAUCGACAUCAGCGACAACAAGAACCUUAGCUGUGUCUGCCACAAGGAGUUUACAAACCCUUCAGGCUACCUGAUGAAGCUCUCAGACAUACAGGAGACCGUAACAGUGGCCAAGCUACAGAAGAAGUCCCAGUCUCUGAAGGACGGCAUUCAGAGGUUUGCCACCGACCUGGUGGAGAUGAGCUUGGGCAGCGCCCUGCGAGACCUUCAGAAAGGCGUGUCCACCUGUACUACCACCUUGUGUCACCUCGCUGCCAGACUGACCUCAUCAGUGUUUCAAAUGGCCUUCCAUGAGAUUGGCAUGCGGCAUGCUUAUGUGUUAAAGGAACGAGCGAUCAAUGGAUUAGCUGGCUUCCUUGUUGGAGAGGCCGUGUCCGGGGCUCUGAAGGAGUUUCUGACUGUGAAGAAGCAGAUUUUUCACAACACAGUGACACGUUUCGCUGCUGAUCUGGCUGAAGAGCUGGUGUUUGAAGGCAUAAUGGAAGUAUGUCAGUUCUCCCACCCUUCAACUCCUCUCACACCCAGUGAUUGGUCUUUUGGCCACGCACAAGAAGAAGAAGAAGAAGAGGAGGAGGUGGUUUCUUCCUAUGCUUCUGAUUUGUCUGAGUCAGUAAUCCAGGAAGCCUUCAUUGAACUUUCUCAGGCUGAUGUGGCCUUCACAAGUCAAGCGGCUAUCAGUGUGUCCCUGGACAACAUCUGUUAUGUCAGUGCAGAGAAUACCAGUACUCGUACCUGCAGUACUUUUGCUAACCAGCAGGUUUUAAGUUCUAGCUCCACUGCAGCUUCGCCUGGGACCUCAGGAGAGGAUGCUGCCUGCACUGUGAAGAAAGCCCUUUUCACUGUAUCUGGCAUGGCCAGCUGUAUCCCCGUUCCCCAGGCAGGCCAAGCCCUCUCCCACCUCCAGGAUUCAGAGGAGACCUCUCAACAAAAGUCUAGCUUGUCAAACACCCCACAGUCCAGCCCCAAACGAGUAGCUGUAUUGUCCUGUGACACCGCCACAUCUGUACCAACUCACCUUUACAGUCAUGGAACCCAGACCUCCACAAAUGUAGGUGACCCCUCCCAAGGAAAGUCUCCUUUCCAAAACUUCUCUGGCAACAUGGUGGAUAUGAUCGUAACUGAGGCGUGUGAGCUGAUAACUGCCUCUAAGAUGAAGAAGAGUUUUGGUGACUGUGCUGAUUUCCUCACCAAGACAAUGGGAAGUCGAAGGGACUCUUCCUCAAAGCUAGAGACUCCAGAUUCCCCUUCCAAACUGGGAGCUGGUAGGGAGAGCUUCAGAUAUGAUGGCAGAGAUUCUGGGUGCGUUCGGCAGGGCGGGUCUAUUGAGCAAGAAGCAGAGCUUCCUCCAGUUUCCUCUCAGGGGAGAGUCCGCUGUGAUGGCAGGAUCAGAGGUGUGGCUGAAACAUAUCCUGCGGUGAUGCAUACUCUGGAUGUGCCGGGUACAGAGAUGGGCGGACAGAGGAGGAUAUCCGCUCCUGUGGAUGAGUUGGCUCCAAGCUCCGGCCAAAAAUCUGGCGGGACUCCUGGCACUCCUCCGUCCACCCCUCAGCAGCCCAAUGAGGUGUCCAAGGAGAAGCAGAUAAAACAGUUCUCCAAGAAGCUGAAAAGUAAACUGGCGAAAGAGUUUUCUCCUGCGACGCCACCUCCAACCCCUCACUAUCAGCCUGAGCCCGGCCCUGGGCCCAAAGACACCAUCCCAGAGGCGGACAAGGCGGAAUUUAUGCUGAAACUGAUGAGGUCUCUUUCUGAGGAGGCAGAUGGCAAUGAAGAUGAAGAAGAGGAGGAAGCAGCAGAGGAAGUCGGUGUUGGUGGCACGAACAGAUGUUUAGAGGCAGGCAGCGGUCGGCAGGUGUCCUCUCGCAGAGUGUCCAACAAAGAAGCUCUCCAUUACGCUGAGCGACUGGCGUGCCACAUAGUCUCCAUGGCUACUGAGAUGGACACUCUGGGAGUGACGGAGGAGGAAGAGGAGGUGAAGAAAGGCAGUGAGAGCCGAAGAGACAGUGUGGCUCAGUUCUCAGAGCAGACCCUGAACACUUUGUGGGUGUACGCCGGGGAGGUGGCCGGAGAGGUGAUCAAUGAUGUGAAGAGGAUGGUGAGCUCUGGUCAGCAGUGUCCUUACCACAGAGCUGUCAGGAGGAGAAGCCUGGAGAGAACCAGCUCUGAAUGUUUGCAUCAGCACCACCGACACCAGUCUCAGCCCAGUACAGACCAGAGCAAAGACUGGAGGUUAGGGAGGCUGGCUGAGCAGUGGUCCAGUGACCUGAUCGCAUCAGUGUCCCGAUCUCCGCCCUCCACUUCUAUAUCCAGCUCCAGCUCCGGUCUGUCCUCUGAGUACCCCAGCUGUGAGAGUGUGACCGAUGAAUAUGCCGGCUACCUCAUCAGAGUGCUGAAAAAGGAAGGAGGCAGCAGGGAGUUAGUCCUGGACCAGUAUGCGAGCCGUUUGGCGUAUCGCUCUAUAAAACUCGGCUUGGCUCAUGCCAGUCGUAAGAUCAAGCAAAGAUCCUCGAGCACUCGACUCCAAUCCUCUAAGUCACUGCCGGAUGAGUGGAAAACUUCUGUUAGUGAGGCCUCAACGCCCAGAGACAGAGCAGAGCCACCCGAGGAGGCUCAGUGCUGCUGCAGGGACUCUGAGGAGCAGAAUAGGAGGGAGUACAUGGAUCUGGUCAACUUUGCAGAAUCUUUGGCUUACAACAUCACCUGCGACGUUACACACAAACUACAUGUUUCCUCUGUGCGACUGCCAAAGUCUCUCACCGACUCCUGUCUUUAUAAGAAGUCCAAACUCGAAGAUAUGACGGAGAAUCUCAUCAGAAACUCCUUCUCCUGCCCCCUGUUGUCUAAGGAGGGUAAGAGCAGACACUACCACAGCACAGGAAGUCUGUACGACGGUGGCUACAGCAGCAGGGUGAUGCAGGUCAUCGAGCACUACGCCAGAAGGAUAGUGGACGACACACUGAAGAUGAGCCUGGCGUCGGUUGGACAUCCAUCCAGGGAUCACCAGAGAACCCAAGGCCAUGACAAACACUACCACGCCCAGAGGCUGUCUGAUGGCCAUGGGCUGGUGCGGGCGCUCGGGGAAAGGGCGUGCCGGUAUUGUCAGGUCCAGGAGUGUCCGUUCUACACCAAACUGAGCCGGCACCACUACCACCCAGUGUUACAGAGGAGUAAAAGGGGUGCCGAGUGUCAGACGAGGGCUGAGCGACUCUCUGGUCUGGAGAUUCCCAAGAUCCACAUCGACCUGGACCACAGGGCGGCGUUUGCAGAGGAGAUGGUAACCAUGGCGAUGGAGACAGCGAAACGAGAGCUGAGUAACACCAGCCUUAAUGCCGACAGCGGCAUCGGCCAUGACGGCACCAGCUACGCUGAGAGUCUGACUGCUGAGAUCAUGACGUCAGCGCUGUCCAACAUCUGCCAGGCUGCUGUAAGUUCUCCGGGUCGAGAAGCCACUGAGUCCACUGUGUCCCAGCAGCUGAGUGUCGGAGACGACAGUCUGGGCAGCUGGUCCAACCUGAGUUUUGAAGAUGAGCAUCUAGAUGACAACAGCAGCUUCCUCCACCUCAGUGACAGCAGCAAUGGGAACAGCAGCAGCUGGAGCAGUCUGGGCCUGGAGGGGGAGGCGGGUGAGGAGCGCAUGUCAUUCUCCCCCUCUGACAGUGACAACACAGAGGACAAGGAGACUGAGGUCAAAGAGGAAUCCAGCGGGACGCUCUGUGUGGACCGGACUCAGACUCAGUCUCCCAGGUCGGCGCUGGUCGUGAUGAACUCGGACAUCAGGGAUCCCAGACGUGGCCCCCAGCAGGACCCCCAGCUCAGGAGCCUGCUGCAGUGGGCGGCAGCCUCCAUAGCGGACAUCCCCCACAUCCAGCUGAGCCUGGACCGAGAGCUGCAGCAGCUCCCAGCGGUGGUCCAGAGGCUUCGAGAGAGGAGGUGGAGGGUUGGAGAGCUGCUGCACACGCUGCUGCGCUACUGCGAGGAGAGCCAGACACACAGCCAGCCUCAGCCCAGGGAGGAGACACCGCAGGCGGGCAGAGAACCUCACCACAUCCCCCUCUUCCAGUGGCUCCUGGAGCACGCCUAGGGCCUCUCCUCUUUUCUGUUUCCCGCCUCUCCUCUCUUCAGUACCACACAGGGCUUUGCUAUCUCCACGGCCCCUAGAGGGCGCCACACAAAUCAGCUCAUGAAUGUGGGUGGCGUGUGUUCUGCAUUGCAUGCUGUGACCAACAAGUACUUCUGUUGUAUCUUAUUUUUCUUUCCACCUUUUGUUUUGUUGUUGCACUUUUCCUCACUGAUCGGGCUGCAUAUAUCACACGUGUUGAUUUAGUGAGCUGUGUCCUGCGCCCGCCUACACUUGUCAGUCAAAAGGCCUCACACCUUGCUCCCGCUGUGCUUGAGCUAGAGAAAGAAAAGAAGAGAGAGAGACCCAGCCCUUGUGUUUCCAGACAGAAGUGCAGCGAGUUGAGAGAAUGUGUUUUCUGUUAGGGAAUCCCCACAGCUGCUGGGCGGAUGAUGUCAUCACACCCACAGCUCACCUCUGUGGUGGCGUUCCCACAUGUUCUGAGACCAACACGCACAUCACACCACACCCUUCCAUUGUGUUAUCACAUCCAGUCCAAGAUACACCGAUACAGUAAUUCCCCCCCAGUGUAUUCCAUUACUGUAUCAGUCCACUCAGAGUUACUGUGCUUCAGUCAGGGUUUUCUCUCGAGCACUAAAUGCUGGUACAAUGACAUUUGAUCAGUAUGCUGACAUACAGUGAGUACACCCUUGUGCAGUAUCACUUAAAUGUGUCAUGACUCUACCUUGUAAUUGCAACACUUCAAAGCUGAACAGUACGACUUUUUCUCCUAUGAAACAGGCCUCACAGUAGAAACUCAAUGCAGCCAAAGUCCUCAGCAUGGAGGAUACUGGAGAUGUUCUGCCAUUUAUUAGAGACUAUUUCUGAAACAGUUUUUGCUGGAGGGUUUGAGUUGCUCCACCUUUCUUUUGAAAAUACCACAAAGGUGUUGUAUUGGAUUCUAGUGAGAUCAUAGUGUUUACUUUUUCCUUUUUUAGAAACUAAUUUGAUUUGUGUUUUGGUCGUUGUCAUGGUGGAAUAUUUUACUGCCAGUCUUCUGCAGUCAUCUCUUGUCAGUCAGUAUUUUGGUUAUCCAGAGAUAUUGUUCAUGCUUCAUCUAUAAAUGUCAUACCCACAGCACCUUUUACACUCCUGCAGCCUCAUAUCAUCUCACUCCCACCUGUGUGCUGCACUGUAAGGACUAUGCAUUCUCUCUGGUCGUCUUGGCCAAAUUCACACCAAACAUGAAGGCCACCAUCUGAGCCCGACCAGUUUACCUUGGUCUUAUCUGACCAAAGAAUGUGCUCCCAUUGUUGUUUAGACUUCUUCAUGUGUUCUUUAGAAAAGUUCUAUCUUGCGGUUUAGUGCCAGACAGCAAGCAAGGGUGUUUUUUUUGGAAACUCUGCAUAGAGUCACAUUGUGAACUGUCCUUCACACUGUCUGAACUCCACUGAUAAGGUCCUUGCCAUACCAGAAGAAGCUGCUGUCUGUUUUUCAAAGCUAGACUGUGAAAGUAGUUCACUGCCUUUGGGAUAAUUUCAGGAGGACAACCACAGGAGUCAUGAUUAGUGCUACUAUGGCUCCUUCUGUACCUCUUGAUUACUGCUGCAGCUGUGUUUCCAGUGAUUUGUGAUCUUCCUGGAUCACUUUUCCAUCUUUGUGAAGUUUCACAAUCAGGUUUUUUCACUUCCUCUGGCUGUUAUUUUCCACGUGCAUUGGUCCAAAACUGAGAAAAUUCACUUCAUUUUAGAGUCAUGUUUAUGCAGUUCGGCUGAUUGCAUAUCACAGGUGGACUCUACGUUGUUUUAGUGAUCAGUGUUUUUACUUUGGCUGCACUGAGUUUCUACUUCAGGGCCUGAAUUUUCAAUGUAUUUUUUCUGAAGUGUUUGGUUUUGGUUGUUCUUUAGAUCAACCAUUCCAUUAUCAGGAGGUGAUUCAAUGUUUGAAUAAUGUCAUACAGAGGUCACUUUGUUGAAGUUUUAAACCCAUAUCUUUAGUCAUUUUGCGUUGAGGAUCCAAUGGGCUGCAGAAUGAUAAAAACAAAGCAUGUGGUGAUGAUGAUGAAGUUACCUCUUGAGAGUAUUCCUGUUUUAUCUAAUACUGUAACACUGCUUGCCUAGCAACAAUCUCCUCUGUUGUCAAACUUAGUAAAAUAUUUAGAGUGGAUUAUGUUUACUAGGGCGGUCGGUAUUUUGAGGGAAAAAAAGUCUAUUUUUUUGAAGUUAGAGUAUCUAAUUGAACAUGAAAUGCUGCUCAAAGUGUCGAAAGAAACCGUGUUAUUGGCUCAAUGCUGCCAAACGUAGCUCAUAGGGUGACUGUGCUCCCUCUGGCUGGCCUGCAGUCGGUAGCAGCGCUAUGAUGCACCGGUCAUCUGUCUCGGUGGCCUCGGUGGAAGAUCCAGUGACGCAGAUAGCGGAUCAUUUAGUAAUUAAAGACACCGGUCCGGUCUGCACCUCCGAAACCACAGACUAGCAGCAUCUGCAUAGCUCAGGCCUGGACUCACACAUCCACUCGCCCACGCUCCACAGUCACCUUGUGGAAUCAAGGAGUCUGAAUACCACAGCUUCCGCUCAGUAACCCCCCCGAAGUCUCCAACACACCCUCAUUACUCACCAGCCUCCUUUGUGUACACGCACAGCACUACCAGCCACUUGCUGAGAUGCCACUUUUUUUUCUUAUGUUUUGGAUUCAGCCGAGGAGAGUCUGGGCAUUUCCACGUCUCUGGGCCAGCUUGGACGCUCCACUCUCCCUAAAGUCCUUCCCCCAAAAAUUCCUGGGAGACAUUUGUGUUUAUUUAUUGCCUUUUUUUCUUUACAAUAUGAGGGACCGAAGGAUGACGUGAUGCCGCGAGGUCCUGCAAUUUUAAAAAAGAAAACACACUGUAAUAUACCACGACCUCACAUCUAUUAUUGUAAACUAAGUGUUGUUGGUUGGUGUUUUCGCCUGCAUGGCUCAAUCUGACUUUUGAAGCAUUAUUCUUCUUCUUCUUCAUGUGCCGGCUGACACUAAUUGAGCCGCAGUAACGCUACAGGCCUCUGCAGAUGCCUUUUGUUUGUUGACGCUUAACCUCUAGGCUGCCAAAUGGUCAUAUAAUCUUUAAAGGUCUUUGUCCUGUAUGAUUUGUUUACAUGCGAAAAAUGAAUAUCUAUGAAGAAAAAUCCGACCCGUUAUUAUGAAGCAAUGAAGUCAAGGCGAAGUAUUAACCUGAGAGAGCGCUCAUAUCUCGGUUUACAUUAAAGGAAUGUAUUGACGGACAGAAGCGCAUCACAGUGUACAAACUCUCCCGGUGUGAAUGUCUAGUUGUUCCCUAUAGGACUUUCCCAGGUUUUUUCCAGCACCCCGCCCGGCCCCACCGUUUUUUCUUCUAUUUUCUUUAUCUACUUUGCAUUCCUGCGCAUCCCACACCGACUUUAUAGCGCUAUAUCGUUGUGUUUGUGAAAGCUGAAUGUGAAACCUGCCAAGACUCCAUUUUAGAAGCAGAUACUGUAAAUCAGUUUGGUUUUUUUUGCUACUGUCGUUCCCAGUGUUACUUUCUGCCUCUCAGACAGAACAUUUAAAAAGAAAAAAACAAAAAAAAUAAGGUAAAAAAAGAGAUGCCGCCUCUCCUGUAUUAUUCCUGCUUCCUUGUAAAAUCCUGCCAAAUACAGAUAUUUAAUAAAUUAUAAUAUAAGUUAUAUAACAGUGAGUUCACUACUUGUUCUCCCUCGUGGCAUUGCUGAAUAGUUUACACAUUCUAAGCUUGAAGUCAGAAACUCAGUUUGUUUAUGUCAAAGCUUGGUGUGACAAUAAAGCUUUUUCAUGUGCGCUAA